ACGUAUGUCAGUCUGGUUCAAUCUUUCCGAUAAUAACAAUAACAGUCUACUUCGUUAGGUUAUACUGUCCGUAUUUUAAAAAAGAUUAGCAUUCAGAAGAUAUUUCUUGUAGACUUGUAAACUGUAUAAUUUAUGAAAUCAUAUUACUUAAAGCCCAACACCUGCAAAUGUUAUUGCUCAAUUUGACAUUGGUGACAUUAGAAUGGAACUUUUAUGAUAAAACAAUUGCUUAAUCUUCAUAGACCGUUGAUUGCAGGAUCAAACAAAUCGGAGACACUAAUAACAUUCAGUUUGAAGAAUUUGUACAUCAAUUAAUGUCAAAUGCUAAUCAAGAUCACUACCAAAGUUUUAAUAUACUUUUGACAUGUUACUCAACCUGAUAUAGUUAUCAUAUCAGUAGAGAACCAUGGCUGAUGCUCUUGGUCUUCGCGUAAAGGAAUUAAUCAAAUACUACACGGCAUUUGACCUCGCAUAUAGAUGUUAUCCAGCACCAGAUUCCAAUAGAAAAAUGAUCGAAAUUGUUGAUGGUUUCAAGAAUUACCUCAAAGACAUGAUGGUAGGGUAUGAAAAUGAGGAAGUGCUGGCUUUACUUAAACAAAUGGACGAUGUGAUGCUUGAAAAGGCUGUAAAUAAGAAGAGAGAGCGAAACUUAGAGGAAGAAACAUCGACGAUUUAUCUAAGGGAAGAAGAAGAAUUCUUAAAGUAUGUUGAUAUGUUAGAUAGUGAUGGGCAAAAUUUUACGAGCCUUUUUACUCGUGUGGAUGUUCAUGAAUAUAUGGAUAAGAUGAUAGUUAUAUGCGAACAACUCUGUAAUAUCAAAUAUAACUCAAAUGCAGAGGAAGAUAAAGUUGUAGUGGGUUUUGACGAUGAAAUAGAAACGCUACUUGAUCAACUCACUGGAACUUCUUCUACAAAGCAGUUCCAGAUUAUCUCAAUGAUAGGAAUGGCUGGGCUUGGAAAGACCACUUUGGCUAAAACACUAUACAACCAUGAAUUAGUUGAGUAUAUGUUUGACUUUCGGGCGUGGACUUGUGUUUCUCAGUCAUAUCAAAAGAAGGAUUUGUUACUCAGCAUAUUAAUCUCUUUUAUUGGUGAUCUUACAGACGAAUAUUUCGAAAUGAGCGAGCAACAGUUGGGGGAAAGGUUAUACAGAAAACUAAAGGGUUGUAAAUAUUUGGUGGUCUUGGAUGAUAUAUGGGAUUGUAGGGUCUGGAACGAUCUUAAAAUGUAUUUUCCAGAUGACAAAACCGGAAGCCGUGUUCUAUUUACUAGCCGUGACAUAGACGUGAGUUUACAUGUACAGUCAGCAAGACCUGCUCAUGUUUUGCGCCUUCGUAAUGAAGUUGAAAGUUGGGCCAUAUUUGAGAAGAAGGUGUUUAGAAUGGGAAUAUGCCCCAUGGGAUUUGAAGAACCAGGAAAGGUGAUAAAUAGGAAAUGUGAAGGCUUGCCUCUUGCAAUCGUUAUAGCUGCUGGUCUACUGAAAAAUAAUCUUUCCGUCACCUGGUGGGAGCACAUUGCUGCAAGUCUACGUUCAUUCAUGCUUAGUGAUCCAAGACAAUACAUAGACUCCUUGGCUUUAAGCUACAACCAUUUGCCUCCUCACUUAAGACCGUGUUUUCUAUUUUUUGGAGCAUUUCCUGAGGACUAUGAAGUACCCGUGACAAAGCUGAUUUGGCUAUGGAUUGCUCAAGGAUUCAUACAUGAAACCGGAGGCAGAAUGCUGGAGGAUGUUGCAGGGGAUUUCUUGAUGAAUUUAAUCAAGAGAAGUCUAUUGAUGACUCCCAGAAUAAAGGGUGACGGCCACAUUAAAACAUGUCGCAUCCAUGAUUUGUUGCAUGAUUUUUGCUUGAGAAAAGCUGAGGAAGAAAACUUUCUUUCAAACAAUUAUAGGUAUGGCAUGGUCUCGUCAAUGCUCUGCUUUCCAUUCGAUCUAGGAAAAUUUCUUCAAGAGGGCAGAUCAAUUUGUAUUGACCUGUACAGAUUCCUUAGGAUUUUGGAUGUAGAGUCGAUUCUUAUCUCCCUAUUCCCUUUAGAUGUGGUUCAUCUGGUUAAUCUGAGAUACCUGGCCAUUCAAGCACAUGAUGGAAGCCCACAUGCAUCAAUAUCAAACCUCGUGAACCUACAAAUGCUCAUAAUAGCCUCAAGGAAGAAUACUGUUGUUCCAAAAACCUUAUGGAAUAUGCUAAAUUUAAGGCACCUAUAUAUCAAAUCUGGGGAAAACAUUAUGGAGGAUCCUAGUUUUCUACAAGUGACAGAGAAGGAUGGGCCCAGUGUGUUGGCUAGCUUUCAAACCUUAUCCCAAGUAAGUCCUCGAUCUUGCCACAAUAUAUUUUCAAGGACUCCAAAUCUUAGGAAGCUUGGGUUUUAUGGACCCUUGAUAUCUACGCUAGGCGAUUUGAACUUCCCAAAUUUAGGCUCUUUGGUGCGCCUUCAAAAAUUGAAGCUACUGAAUACAUUUUCAUACCCUAAACCAACGAGAUCCUGUAAUCCUAUAAUGUUUCCUGAAAAGCUUAGGAAGUUGACUUUAUUAAACACUGGCAUGGAUUGGAAUGAGAUGUGGACCUUUGCAUGGCUGCCCAACCUGGAGGUUUUAAAAUUAAAAUUUCAUUCAUGCAUUGGAGAAAAAUGGGAGACUGGGGAUGCUGAGUUUCAGAAACUCAAGGUCUUGAAAUUACAAGAUCUAGAAAUAAAGCAAUGGGUUUGUUCCAGAGGGAAUUUCCCAAGGCUACAACGUUUGCUGAUUCAUCGUUGUUUAAAACUCGACAGCGUACCAAUGGCUCUUGGUAAGAUCUUUACAUUGGAGGUGAUUGAGGUUAAUGGAUGCAGCCUUUCUGCAUAUAGAUCUGCAUUGAAUAUUCACGAAGAGCAAGAGAGUGAAGGUAGUGGUAGGUGCUUGUUGGAGUUGAUGAGAUGGACCUACACCUGCAAGUCUACACCUUUUGGUGGAUCAAUUUUCUAACUUUUUGUAAAUCAUGAUUCAUUGGGGUGGGUGGGCCUUUUAAGGGUAUCACCCACUGUUGAGAAAGGUUGCAGCAAUUAAAAGAGUCAACAACGGUAUUUUUUUUUUUUGUUAUAAACAAUAAGUGAUAGGGGUAAUAUUGUAAUUCAACCUGCUUGGUUGUUAGAAUAGUAGUUAAUCUCUGUUAGCGUGGGUAUAAAAUUGGGGAUUAGCUCAGAAUUAGAGUUAGUUCAUUUUC